AUCAUCAUCAACAUUAUUCGAGUAGUAUCCACAUUUCACUUCCAUUCAUACGGUUUCUGAUUCGUUUGUUCGAAUCAAUAUAAUCGCCAUCUCGUCUCGUCGGAGAAGAAUGUCGCUGUUAGAUAAUCUGUUAGGUAUCCUCCGCGUUCGCGUCAAACGCGGUGUCAACCUCGCCGUACGUGAUGUUUCCAGCAGCGAUCCUUACGUCGUCCUCAAGCUAGGUCGCCAGAAACUCAAAACCAAAGUGGUGAAGAAAAACGUAAACCCACAAUGGGAAGAAGAUUUGUCAUUCACAGUCACUGACCCGAAUCUCCCGCUUACUCUGAUUGUGUACGACCACGACUUCUUCAGCAAGGACGACAAAAUGGGAGACGCAGAGAUCGAUUUGAAACCGUACAUUGAAGCCUUACGAAUGGAGCUAUCCGGUUUACCAGACGGAACCAUCAUAUCGACAAUUGGUCCGAGUCGUGGCAACUGCUUAGCCGAAGAAAGCUACAUCCGUUGGAUCAACGAUCGAAUCGUUCAGAACAUUUGUCUCCGACUCCGUAACGUCGAGCGUGGUGAAGUCGAGAUUGAGCUCCAAUGGAUUGAUCUUCCCGGUUCUAAAGGCUUGUAAACAAUUUUUGAAAGUUACCUUAUUGGGCUUUUUACCCCUUUGUUGGGCUAAGCCCAUAUAUUCACAAAUAAACAUUAAUAAAAAAA